UCACCUCGCCCCGUUGCAGCUGGUGCGCAGUGAGCGCAAUACUCUUAUAUUCUAGCGCACUGUACCCGUGGCUGUUGUGGCUCGGCAUUUUGACUGCAGGUUGGAGUUGCCAGUCGCCUCGAUGGAGAUCCGCCUGAACGUCGGUGGCGUUUGCUCAAUGGAGGUCGGAAUGCCUGUGGGUCGCUGUCCAAGCGAUGACCACGGACACACUGAAGCGGCGGUUAUCAUUGACCGCUGCUGGAGCAUCCCCGCAACCAUAGCCGCAGCAGCAUUCCUUGUCUGCAUGCCGUCGGCGUGUUUCGGCCUCUUCUUCGUCCUCUUCAUGAACCAGUUCGGCGCCACGAGGGAAGAAGCAGCCUGGCCGGAGAACGUGUUCGCCUUGGCCAGCCACCUGUCAGAGGGCUUUCCUCUGGACGGCUUCGCUUCCCACUAA